AUGAACUCCCAGCUCGACAAGCCCAUCUCCCCCCCGUGGACCCAAAGCACCAACUUCCGCCUCGUCGCCAACGUCACCGGCGCCGACCUCACCCCCUCCAUCCAGGACUACGUCCUAACCUCCUACUACGUCGGCGCCGGCCAGGGCGCCGCCGUCCUCGUCCCCAACGACGCCACAAACCCCGGCCGCCAGUUCUACGUCAACGGCACCGCAGAGGACAUUCGCUAUAACCGCGGUACCGUCCAGUCCAGCGGCGGAGCUGCUCCUAAUCCACUGAACCGUUAA